AACACAGGCACAGACAACAAUUAAACAGUCCUAGCCUGCCUAUUUAAUAAGUUUCUGGAGUCCAGUGUGGGAUCAUAGUAUCAUACUUCGUAGAUCUCUCUCUCUCUCUCUCUCUCUCGCUUAGGCAAACACAGGCAUAGACAACAAUGGCUUUCUUCAUUUUCUUGUUUCUCUUAUUUCUCUUCAUUUUCACAAGAAAGAUGAAUGGAGAGAAGAAAGGAGCAAACCUCCCUCCUGGCCCUCCUAAGCUUCCUAUCAUUGGAAACUUGCACCAGCUUGGUUACAUGCCUCAUCGCUCCUUUUGGCAACUCGCCAAACAAUAUGGACCCCUCAUGCAUUUACAAUUAGGUUUUGCACCAACCCUUAUAGUCUCCUCUGCUAAAAUGGCUGAGGAGAUCUUAAAAAUUCAUGAUCUUGAGUUUUGUAGUAGACCCUCCCUUGUUGGUCCUAAGAAACUUUCUUACAAUUUCAAAGACAUUGCUUUUUCACCAUACACUGAAUACUGGAGAGAAAUGAGGAAGACCUGUGUUCUUGAGCUUUUCAGCUCUAAGAGAGUUCAAACUUUAAAGUUCAUUAGGGAAGAUGAGGUCUCCUUAAUGAUUCAUUCAAUUUCUACUUCAUCUUCCUCUUCUCCUACUGAAGGUUCCAUCAAUUUGAAUGAAGUAAUGCUUUCCUUAGUCAACAACAUAAUAUGUAGGAUUGCUUUUGGCCAGAGGCAUCAAGAGGUAUGUCAAAGAAGUAGGUUUCAAGACAUUCUUCAAGAAGCACAAGCUUUGUUGGGUGGUUUUUAUGUUGAGGACUACUUCCCAUCACUAGGAUGGGUUAUUGAUAUUCUUAGUGGACAACAUGGGAAGCUUGAGAAGAAUUUCAAAGAGUUGGAUGAGUUUUAUGAACAGAUCAUUUCGGAUCACCUCAACCCAGGCAGGCCAGAAUCUGACCACGAAGAUAUUGUUGAUGUCUUGCUUCGAAUCGAAAAGGAACAAAGUGGAUCAAUUCACUUCACCAAAGAGCACAUCAAGGCUGUUAUAAUGGAUAUUUUCAUUGCAGGUACUGAUACAGCCACAGCAGCCUUGGUAUGGGGAAUGGCAGAAUUAAUCAAGAAACCAACAGUGAUGAAGAAAGCACAAGAUGAAGUCAGAAGUUUAAUUGGAACUAAAGGCAAAGUUGAAGAGAGCGACCUGGAUCAACUUGGGUAUGUCAAGUCAGUGGUGAAGGAGAUUCUAAGAAUGCAUCCACCAGGCCCAUUGCUUGCCCCAAGGGAAACAAGGUUUCACUGCAAAAUCGAUGGCUAUGAUGUUUACCCUAAAACAAGGGUUAUUGUGAGUCCAUGGGCAAUUGGUAGAGAUCCUGAAGCUUGGGAAAACCCAGAUGAGUUCUUUCCAGAAAGGUUUCUAGGAAGCUCCAUUAAUUUCAUAGGGCUACAUUUCCAACUAGUACCACUUGGUGCAGGCAGAAGAGGUUGUCCUGGAAUAUAUCUUGGACCUGUGAUAGUUCAGCUUGCACUUGCUAACCUUCUCUAUGCUUUUGACUGGGAACUGCCUAGUGGGAUAAGCAUGGAAGACAUUGAUAUGGAAGAAGCACCAGGUCUUACAACACACAAGAAAAGCUCUCUUUGCCUAGUACCCAAAUUACCCAAAUCUAAUAUUUAAUUUAAGGUUUUUUUUUUUUUUUUUUUUUUUUUGGGGGGGGGGAGUGGGGUAGGUGGGCUUGAUAUGAACAAUCCUAAUCCAAUUUGUUUUGUUGGUAUGUGCAACUAUUUAUCUUUCUAGUGC